AUGAUUGAUGAAUAUUUAUACGAUUUAGGAACAAAUGAGAACAAACAAAUCGAACAAUUAAUUGAAAAUUAUAAAAUUAAAAUACCAAAUUACAAAUUUGAAGAAUUAUAUAGCAUACUUAUGAAUCAACCUUCAGCAAAAAUAGAAUCUAGAAUAUUGAAAAUACUUCGAUGUACAGUUUAUAAUGGACAAUCAUUAUCCGAAGAUCUUCUAUAUUACAUAUCCAGUAGUUUGAAUGGAAACAAUACGGAAAUUCUUGUUAAAAUAUUAAGCAAAGUUAUAGAAAAUGGACAAAUUCUAACAGAAGAUAUUGUUCAUAUUAUUCAGGAUUCAUUUGUACAUACUGAUAUAAAUUCUAUAUUAAAUUUAAUUCAAAGAUUAGCUGAACAAUAUACAACAUUUCGAAAUGAUACUAUUGAAAUUCUUUUUAAUAAAAUUAAAACAUAUCCUGAUAUUUUAUCAAUUAUUGAAAUUAUUGCUGAAUAUCAACAAAUACCAAUUAAUAUUCUUCAUUCAUAUUUAAAUGAAAAUUUAUCAAAUGAUAAUAUUUUAAUAGUUCGUUCAAGUUUUAUUAUACUUCAAUAUCAAAUAUUAAAUAAUUAUAUUGAAGAACCAUUUGAAUUUUUGACAAAAGUUUUACUACCAGAAAUAGUUGAUCAAGAUAAACUAACAAAAGAAAUCUCAUCGAUUAAUGAAUAUUUAGGUAUUAUUCGUACUCUUAUAUCAAUUGAAUAUUUUCAACCGAAUAUAUUUCAAAUUUAUCCAGUAAAUCAAUGGUCUAGAGAAUGUCUAUGUUAUGAUUUACUUGUACGAAUGGGAAUAGAGAAAAAUCCAAUAGAAAUUCAUAGGUUUUAUGAUAAUUUAUCAAAAUUAGAAGAAUCAAAAGGUUAUGAAUUAUACAAUGAAGAGAGAGAUUAUAUAUUACAAUUUCUUAUUGAAAAACAUAAUCAAUUGGAACUAAACAAAAUUAAUCAAAUCUUAAUUUCUCUAAAAGAUAUAUCUGUCAAUAGAUUAAAAUCAAAUGAUUUUAAUUGGCAUAAUAAUUUAAGUAAAUAUUCUAUUCGAGAACAUGUUAUCAAACAUUUUUCUCUAUUGAAGUAUUCUUAUACUAUUAUAAAUUAUAUAAUUGAUUUAUUAACAUAUGUCUAUAAUAAUUAUCAAUCAUUUGAUAUAGUUAUUUCAAUUUUGCAUUGCUAUUCAGAACUAGAUGAACUGGUUAAAUUUUUGCAUCAAGUUUCCGAUGAAAACUUAACAAUAGAAAAAUUACAAAAAAUUUCUGUCAGAUGGCUCUAG